CCUAAACACACUCGACGAAUUCAUGGACAUAUUUCCUUCCAUGUGAUCUGUAUUUAACUUAUUUAUCUUAUCUACCUACUCUAUUAAGUGUUGAUAAAAUUUUCGCAGUUCCAGCAAAUUCGUAUCCACAGUAGAAAAUUCAGUUUCGGAGGCAUAGAAUCGCAAGUGAAAAGUGUUUUUGACAUGUCACUCAACGCGGUUUACAUUUGUCCAACUGAUAAGAGUUUACAGUGCUCCUGGCAAGGUUCUUCACAGGAUAUCCUGGACCAUUUCAUAAAAGAACACGAGGAUCUCUUGUUGCACAGCAGUGAAGUGGAUGUGGAUUUGAGGAUAUGUUCAGAAAAUCGAUUGUUGUUCCUGAACGAAGAAAUAUACUUGAUACAGUUGAAAAUAGACAAUGACUACCUCAAAAUUGGUUUGAGAUACUUGGGCCCCCAGAAAAUAGCGAAUUCAAUAUUCUAUGACAUCAUACUCAAAGUAGACGAACAAAGUUACUUUCCUGAUUACUUUGGAAAUGGACCAAGCAUCUUCCAAGUUAUUGAUGGUUUUUGGUUGGUAAACUUAGGAUAUUUGAGACUCCUCCACGAGAAUGUAAACUCGAUACAGUGCAAUUUCAGUAUAUCAACUAAAUCCGAAGAUUCGUUCGAACAAACCGACACUUCAGUUAGCUUUGAAAAUGGAACCAUAGAUGAAGAAGAAGAAGCUGAGCAUUCAUCCAACGAAAACACUGUGAUCGAAGAUGAUGAAAUCGAUGAGAUAUUGAAUGGUGACUUGGAGUUACGAGACCCAAAAGGUAGAGCCCAAGAAGAAGAUGCCUUAGAUAACAUGAGCGCGCUCAACUUUAGUUUGCUGGAGAACAACAGACACUGCAGGAGGUACAGCAGUUUUUUAGGAAUCCCUGAAGAACUGUUUUCUGAGAAGGUCAUAACAGACUUGAGCUGCUCCAACUGUUUCAUCAAUAUGCUACCACCAAUUUACCUAUGCGAAAACGGCCACAAUAUAUGUGCUGAGUGUAGAUAUGAAUCUUGCAAAGUUUGUUACGGUAUAGUCACAGACAAUCGCAACAAAGACCUGGAGGACUACAGCAGGAAAUGCCUUCAUCUAUGCCGUUAUCACCAAGAAGGGUGUAUGGAAAGCUUUAUGUACAACGAGAUAAGAAACCACGAGAUAAAAUGUUCUUUUUGUGUGUACCGUUGCAUGCAAGACUGCUCUUUUAAGGGUAAAUUCGUCGAGUUUCAUUCCCACUUCAGAAUCAAGCACCCUAGUUGCAAGAUCUACAAGGACACGCCAGUGGAUUUCCCUAGAAAUAGUGAUUUUUUUGUUUGUGACAGUCGACUUGGCAUAUUUCAUUGUACGUCUAUGCUUUCCAAGAAUAGUAUCCGAUGGGUUGUUGUUUUCUUAGGACCUAAAGAUAGGAAUUUUUCUUGCGAAUUGACGUUCAAAGGAGUUAGAAUGAAGAACGUAUUGUUCUUGAAGAGGCUGGAGGAUCAGUAUUCUAUUGCUCAGAGUAAGGAGGACUUGAAGAAAAUGAAGGUGAAAGACAAGAAUGCGGUUCUUACCAUAACCGGUUACUUCCAAUGAACAAUGUGUUAGUUUUUAGUGGUUUAUUGUUUGUUUUUAUUAUUCUCAUUCGAACAGUAUAGUUUUUUCUUGAAGUGAAAUGUUACAACUUUUGAAUAAAAUGUUUCCAUGUUCCUAAUGAUCAAAGUAUUGUUAAAUAACAACUUUUGCAUACUCUUGAAGACUUGAAUUUUAUAGAACAACUUUUGUGAACUAUUGAAACAUUCUGAAUAUUCACCCUUUUAAAUAUAAUAAUAUUCAAUUUCAAAGUUUUUCAGCAAAGAAUGAACGAUAUCAUCUCUCAAAAUUAAUAUUAGUAAUGAAGUUGUCAAAAUGUUUUUAUAACUUCCAAAAAUUAUAUUGUCAUCUGCUGUAUAUUCGCUUUUCAAUAUUUAUAAAAACUUUUGUCAAGUGACAGAAUAUGAUUAUCAUGAUAAAUGAAGAAAUUUCAAACUCAAUGUGCUGAUCUUCUGAGAAUUAUUAAGGAAAAGAAUCAUUUGAAGAUCAACCGUCUGAAAUGGUUUUAUUACACGUAUUCUUUUUCUUGAAUGAUAAGUUUCUGAGAAGUAGGGUUGACUACAUAAACCUACAAUGUAUUUUACGGGUUCAAAUCAAUUUUACCCGAAGACUUGAAUUCUAUACCUUGAAACAUAAAUGGACAUUGUAUAUAA